AUGACUGAUAACUUGGAUAAGUAUUACAAACUGCAUCACCCCGAAUUCCUAAGCGAGGGCAUGUAGGUGCUGAGGGAGUACAUCUACUAUUGUAAGUUUGAUUUCAUUGAAUUAUGUUUUCGAUAUGAUCAAUUCAAAGAUGGUACUAUUCAAGAGAAGGUAUUGAGAGAUGUGUUGGUUGAAGUUUCAAAAAGUUAAUUUUAUUUUACAGAGUUUGAUAUUGCAAGCAUAUUGAAAGAAGCUCCCUACAGUUCCAAUAGGAAUAUCGAUUACAGGGAAUUGUACAAAUAUUUAACGGAGUGUGAAACACCCAAGAAUUCAUUCCACGUGUUUAAGAACGCGAUUAUUAGAUAGAAGUAGAAUUCUGCUUCAAAUAAAUUAUUCUUGGAAGAAAUUCAGAAGCAUUUUGAAGAAGAAGUUUCAAAUUACUUUGAUCGUAAAGCCAUCUAUGAUUUCAAACAUUUUAAUUUGAAUCUAUUGGAUUUAGAAUUGUUGAGUUCGAAUGCAGUUAAUAUAAUGUUCGAUGACGUUGUUCAAGAGAAGAUGGCUAACUUCUCUAGACAUAAUAAUAAUAUAAUUUUGGAGAAUUUCCAAAUUUUGAUAGCCAAAAAGAUAUCAGUUCAAGCUCUACCUUAAUUGGCCUUCUAAUUUAUAGCUCCUGAGAAAAUUGAAAUGGCUCUAUUUGAUUUCUUGGGCAUCAGAAGAAAUUAAAAAAUGUUUCCGUUUCUAAUGAAAGAGCAAUUCAUAUAACUGAUAAAAGUCAAAUUAUAUAAUGUAGAAAUGACAUAUGAUGAAGCUUCUCUGCUGUAUUACUUAAUUUGGAAGAGAAACAAUUUUGGAGAAUUCAAUCUUCUGACCUUUGUUCACUUUAUCAUGGAGUGCAGACCACUGUAUUUCAAGGAAAUCAUCAAAAUGUACGAUGCAAAACAACCUCAUCUUGAAAUCAUGCAAUUACCCAAGAUCUUAAAGGAAUUUCAAGAAAUGGCAAGUAAAUAUACUACAAAUAUGCUUGCCCAAGCAUUCAAGCCCUUCCAAACUGAUGGGUUGUGCACUCUAGAAAACUUGAAGAUAGUUAUUCGAUCCUUAGAAAUUGGAUACACCCAACUAGAUUUUAAUGAAUUUAGGUACUAUUUAGCUAAUCAUGGAUUGUUUACACUUUCCAAGCAAUAACAACUAUUACUAAAGGUUUAGGAGUUCUUGCAAACUUUGGUCCAAGAGAACUUUGAGAAGCAUGACUAAACAGAAUUAACUGAUUUGGAGAAGGCCUACCAAACUCUUUUUAAAUCAAUCAUGUUAUCAAUCUUAUUAAGGUAUGAAGACAAGGCUUAGAAGAUGAUGCAAGCAGAUCAAUUGAUAGAUGAAGUCUAAUUGAGGAAAAUCAUCAACGAGGAUCUGCUAUUGGUAGAUCAAGCUAGUGUGACUAUGAUCAUUCAAUCUCUAGAGCAUAAUAAGGAACCUUCAUAUCAGCAACCUCUAAGAAUGAUUUAUUUUCCUGAAUUCAUCGAUAAACUUAGAGCCAGGUUCGUUGAUGAAAUUAAAUUGCCUGCUCCACAAUUAGUUCCUUAUGACAAGCCAGGGCCGAGUUUUAAGGAACUCGAACCCACCUUCAAUUAUAAGGAUGGAUAGUUUGUAAGGGAUCCUGAUAAAGCCUUCCAGAUUAAGCCUUUGGAUGACAGGGAAGUAUUGGAGAAGUUGAAGUAUCAUUUAAUUUAACAAUUCAAAAUAACAGGGGAGAAUGAGUAUGAGAAAUCGGAAAAAGCAGUGUAUCAACUUUGUUUGGUACUCAAAGAUUUCGAUAAAAUAAAGUGUGGUAAUAUAAGUAAGGAAUUGUUGUUUGAAAUACUGCGAGAUCUGACAGAAUUAUCAAUAUAGGAGAUCAAUAAUAUUAUGGAUUUCGCUAUGGGUGUCUCUAGGGUAGAUGAAGAUUCAUUCUCUUAUUAAUUCUUUUGUGUGCAAUUAAAUGAGUUUUAUUAAAAACAUUAAUUAAUUUUGGCUAAAAGAUGA